CGAAUCCACGCGACUGACAGUGUCUCCGAUAAUUGACAUGAGUGUUUAGUGAAGAGAUACCCUCUGUUGGAGAACAGCCGAGACAACGAGGAUGGCUCUAGAACAACUGAGUGAUGUCGUCCAGAGAUGUACGUCCUCCCCAAGCUGGUCUCGUUCACCAGACGUCCUCCCCAAGCUGGUCUCGCUCACCAGACGUCCUCCCCAAGUUGGUCUCGCUCACCAGACGUCCUCCCCAAGCUGGUCUCGCUCACCCAGGCGUCCUCCCCAAGCUGGUCUCGCUCACCCAGGCGUACUCCCCAAGCUGGUCUCGCUCACCCAGACGUCCUCCCAAAGCUCAGAUGCUUAGUAUAGCAUGUGCGCAGUAGCUUGGGGACAAGGUUAGUAAAGGACAGACUUACCAACCCCCCUUUCCCUCUCUCUCUUUUUCUCUACCCCUUUCUCAUGCAGCAAGCCAUCCAGGAUGACAACUAUACGACUGAGGAUUAUUCCGUGUUCCAGAUAGCUGGACGUACCUGUCUAGAGGAUGGAGAGAGUGCUCAGGUUCUGAGUAUCGUCCUAGAUGAGGAAAAUAAGAACAUAGUGAAAUGUAUGGGCUGGAACCUGCUGGGUCCUCUGGUUCAGAUUCUGCUGAAGAAGGAGGAAAAUAAUCUUCCUCCUCACUGCCUCGCCAUCCUCACACACCUGCUGGAGGUUUGCAGUCCCAAGGAGCUACUGGUUGGCUUGCUGGAGCAGGUUGAGGAGGCUCACCCUGACUCCAUCGCAGAGACCGUCAUCCUCCUGCUGCAGCCACUACAGAAAGUGUUGUUGCGGCUGGGCAGCCGGAAGGCCUCCUCGGUGGGCAUGGCUCUCUCCACUCUGCUGGACCAGGUGGCCAGGCUGCCCGUGCCCCAGACCAAGGAGCAGGAGGAGGACGACGUGUUCAGCCUGUGCCGCUGCUGCUCGGCCCUGCUGGUCUUUGUCAGGCCCUUCGUGGAGGAGGCCAAGCAGAGCAGGACGCCCAAAGAGGAUGAGCUGAGGACUGAGCUGCUCAAGUUCAGUAUGAAGAGUCUUUGUGAGCCUCUUCUGGAGGUGCAGCUGAAGGAUCCUGAAACCCUAGCAGAAUCUCCCCUCAGGAACUUUGCCACAGAGAUUCUGGGCAUCCUGUCAGACAUCGGGGAGUCCCUCCCUGACCUACUGUCUCACAGCCUGCUGAGGAGGAGAGAGGUGCCUGGGUUCCUGGAGGAAGAGGUGUGCUACCCCAAAGAGUCUCUGGCCUGCCUGGCCUACCUGCUGUUCGUACAGCACAUUGCCAUGGAUACUUUCCCCACAGUCUUCAGCUCAGUGUUUAUUCUUCAGUGUAAUAUGGAAUACAUCAACCUCUUCUUGAGCAGAACGGAAGAAUCCAGACUGCAGAAAGGACUGGACCUGUAUGAAAAGAGCCUGGUUAGGGUUGAGGACAACAGUCUCCCAGUCCAGCUAAUGGAGCUCAAAUCUUUCUUCAGUGUCCCUCAGAAUUUGGUGAAAGUCAUGACAUUGUGUCCAAUUCAGCAUUUGAGAAUUAAAGGACUAAAAGUGCUGCAGUUGAGCAUCGAUAAAUUUGACACGGAAGCCAAAUACAAAUUCUUCCAGUGCAUGCUGAAGACAAGUCACCAUGCAGGAGUAGAGGGCUACAUCAUCAAGAACAUCAAAAACCAGAUCGACUUUGCCUUUAAGCCGGACAAGGGUAACGAGUGGUUCAUGGGGGCACACCUGUUCCCUCUCCUGCGUCAGGUGCUGUGUCUCCCCCAGGGUCCUGAGACCGACCUCCUACAGAACCUGGACAGGGUGAUGGAGUCUCUGAACCUGCUGCGCUAUUUACUCAUCAGAGACAAAGCGUGGAGGAACCAGACGGGGAUCUGGACUGAGCUGUAUAAGAUUGAGGACUACUACAUGAAGCCACUACGCACAGGGUUGAACAUGUCCAAAGCCCACUACGAGGCUGAGCUUCAGAACACCAAAGACAACAGCAAGAAGACCAAUGCUAAAGUGUCCCAGACCCAGGAGUCAGUCUGCUCUCUGACAGUCGGGAACGAGAAGAUGCCUAACAUGACGCCAGAGAUGCAGCUUCAGGUUCUGCACUCAGCACUGCACACGUUUGACAUGAUGGAGAGCGUCCUGGCGAGAAUAGAGGAAAUCAUCGAAGUGAAAGAGAAACCCUGAGCAGCAGUGGAUCUGGGUUACAAUUUCACGGUGUUGUAUUGAGGCCUCAUAAUUGAAACUCCCUCCCUGUUGCCUAGUUAAGUGAUUUGGGUCAUUAAGCGAAGCACUUUGGAUCACUUGUUUCUGGUGAACUUUCUUUGUAUUCUGACAAUGUGGUGAUUGUUUUAUUUUGGCAUCGUUACCUAAAUAUGUCAGGUUCAGGCAUAAUGACACCAAGACCAGCUUCUUGAAUACCUGUAAUAAAGCAUGUUCAGUCUUCAACUCGACCAGAUUAAAUGCUCGAUGGCAGUUUAUCGUUUUAAAUGUCUGCCAUGGCCAUUUAUUUAGUUACUCAAAUGCCACUAAGUUAAAUCAUGUUGAUGGAUCUUUGUUAGACAGUUAAUAAACUCUAGCCUUUCUAAUCAUGCUUUGCAAAUGGCUUCAUCAGUUCCCAAGAGAGCCUUAAUACAUUUUAUUCUGACAAUGUAAGUACAAUUUUAUAUUUAACAAGGCAAUCAUAAAUUAUAUGGUAACGAGGAACAAUUCAAGUAAAUAGCACAUCUUCACAUUUGAAAUUCAUACACUUCCUUGGCAAAGAUGAGUGAAAACAGUAAUCUCAGAGGUCUGUAAAAAGUGGAUGCUGCAGUGCCUGUGCAGCUGUGAUGCGUUUGGCUGGAUUCAGGUCCAGCAGUCUAUCCAGCAGGUCGUAGGCCUCGUCAGGCACGCUGUCCCAUCCCCUCUCAUCCUGGGCCUCAGGCUCUGCUAGGGUCUGGUCCUCCUCUGGGUGGUGCUGUCUAGAGGGCUCCCCAGGGGGAUGAGUGGAAAUGGGGGAGUCAUGGGUACGGUGGUGGCGUGUGGUAGUGUCUCUGUGGGGAUGUGGUGUGGCCUCAUCGUCCGGGGAUGGUCUCCUUCCUCUGAGGGUUUCACACAGGGUCCUCAGGUCCUGCCGGGGGAGCUCACGGCUGCACACCACUGAUUUACCUGUGGUUGAAUAAUGGUCAUGUUAUGGUCAGACUACUGUACUUUACUAUGGGUUUACAGUUUUUAAUAUUACCAGUGGCAUCCUGCCCUUACUCUUGUAAUUCAACUCAAUAAUUAAAGCAUUUAAAAAAG